AUGGCAGCAGCACCAGAAACAAACAUUCCAAAGGACCUGAAGCAAGAGAUUGCGAACCUCGAGCGGCUUUUCACCGUCGACCAGAAGAAGCUCAAGGAGAUCACUACCCACUUUAUCUCCGAGCUGGACAAGGGCCUCAGUGUUGAGGGUGGCAGCAUUCCCAUGAACCCUACGUGGGUCAUGGCCUUCCCGGAUGGCUACGAGACUGGCACCUUCCUCGCGCUUGACAUGGGCGGCACGAACUUGCGUGUCUGUGAGAUUACCCUGACGGAUCAGAAGUCCGAAUUCGAUAUCAUCCAGUCCAAGUACCGUAUGCCCGAGGAGCUGAAGACCGGUCAAUCCGAGGAGCUUUGGGACUACAUUGCCGACUGCGUGCACCAGUUCGUUGAGACGCAUCACGAGGAUCUGUCCAAACUCGAUAGCCUCCCGCUCGGUUUCACCUUUUCGUACCCGGCGACGCAGAACUACAUUGACGAAGGCAUUCUGCAGCGCUGGACCAAGGGCUUUGACAUUGCGGGCGUUGAGGGCAAGAACGUGGUGCCCAUGUUCGAGGCGGCGCUGGCUGCCAAGGGCACACCCAUCAAGCUGGCCGCCCUGAUCAACGAUACCACGGGCACGCUCAUUGCGUCGGCGUACACCGACACCAAGAUGAAGAUUGGCUGCAUUUUUGGUACGGGCUGCAAUGCAGCAUACAUGGAGAACGCGGGCUCGAUUCCCAAGCUUGCGCACAUGAACCUCCCCGCCGACAUGCCAAUGGCCAUCAACUGCGAGUGGGGCGCGUUCGACAACGAGCACAAGGUCCUUCCGCGGACGCCGUAUGACAUUAUCAUUGACAAGGACUCGCCGCGCCCCGGCCAACAGGCGUUUGAGAAGAUGAUUGCCGGACUCUACCUGGGCGAGCUGCUGCGGUUGAUCAUGGUGGAUUUGCACGACAACCACGAGACACACAUCUUUGCGAACCAGGACAUCUCCAAGCUGCGCCGUGCCUACACCCUGGACUCGUCUUUCCUGUCCGCUAUUGAGGACGACCCGUGGGAGAACCUUCAGGAAACGUUCGACCUGUUCAACGACAAGCUGGGCAUCUCCCCGACAGAGCCUGAGCUGUGCCUGAUCCGCCGCGCAGCCGAGCUGAUCGGUACUCGCGCUGCCCGCCUGUCGGCCUGCGGUGUUGCUGCUAUCAGCAUCAAGAAGGACUACAAGACCUGCCACGUGGGCGCGGACGGCUCCGUGUUCAACAAGUACCCACACUUCAAGGAGCGGGGUGCGCAGGCGCUCAAGGAGAUUCUUGACUGGCCUGACAAGAAGGACCCCAAGGAGGAGGACCCGAUUGAGAUCCUGGCCGCCGAGGACGGUAGCGGUGUGGGCGCAGCGCUGAUUGCUGCCCUGACGCUGAAGCGCGCACAGGCCGGCAAUCUAUCCGGCAUCCUGCACCCCGAGAACUUUGUGUAA